AUGGCCACGACGACCGCGCAGCCCGAGCCGCCCCGACGGCCGUCCCAGAACCCCUUGAUCGACAAUGUUGCCCUCGUCUUCGCCGUCGGCACGCCGCUCAUCAUGCUGCUACCGCCGCGCAAGAUGGACCUGCGCUUUCUUGCUCUCGCCGCCACCUUUUCGCUCUCCACGAACCAUCUCUGCAAAUCCUACACUGGCGAGUCCAUCUACGAUCGAUUCAACAACCGCGUGUCCUCGGCAUUGGACAAUGGCCUACCCGAGGGCGCCCAACGCACGCAGCGCCUGCUCAAGGAGCACAAGGAGCGCGAGGCGGCCGCCAAGGGUCUGCCGCCGCCUGGCCAUGACAAGGACAGCAUCAUCAAGAAUAUAUGGAUGGGCGGUGAAAAGGACAACUGGAAGGAGAAGCGCGCAGAGGAACACCAAAAGAGCUUUGAAGAGGGCAAGGGCAUGAGCGACAUAAUAAUGGAGCAGAUUGCCGACGUGUUCAGCGGCAACUGGGGCAGCACCAAGAAAAAUGACGAGACGGAGUCGACGAAACCAGACGACUCGGACGAGGGCAAGAAAUAA